AUGGCCGUCGUACUCUCAUCCGAGGACAAUAGUCUUUUCUCGCCGCCGGCUCUGCGGCGUACUCAUUCACAGCCCAAGUUCGUAGGCAAGCAAUCGUCCGGAUUCCAUACGUCUUCAUCGACAUCUCGGAUUAGCGAUGCUUACAACGCAUCAUACCACCACCAGUCUUAUCACAUAGUCUCUGAUUCUAAUCCGUCCUCGGCUCCCUCGUCACCGCGGACUGCGCAUGCCGACUCGGCGGAUCCGUCGUACUCGUCGACUCCCGCUACCAAUCUCUCACUAGACGGUCAUUGCGAGGACGACUUGGAACCUGAUGACGACCGGAUCCUUCUCCCAGCAUACGACUCCAACCCGUUCUUCCCCCCGGCCCUCGAAGAUGAUCUGGAAGCUCCAACGAGCCCCCAGACAGGUAAUUCUUACACCAUCUCUCCACCCGAGGAGGACUCGCACGACUCAUCAGCUACUACUUCACGCCCAAUCACUCCGGAAUUCUACGAGCACGCUGAGGAUGAUACGGCUGUCAAACACCACCCGACACAACACGUUGAUUACUUGUCGCAUAACUGGAAAGAGGAAGACAUCUGGUCGUCAUGGCGCUACAUAGUGUCGCGGCGGAACGAGUACAGCAACGGCCCUCGUCUCGAAAACGCCUCGUGGAGAACCUGGAUGAAGGCCAAGUAUAGGCUCAAAACUGUCUCGCCUGAGACGCUCAAUUGGCUCAAGGACUGUGACGUAACGUGGCUGUAUGGCCCCCUACAGACGCGCCAGCUGAAUCUCUUCCCCAACGAUACGGAGCAUGGCAGUUCGACCCUGUCGAGGAACGAUUCAUUCGUCAACAAAAAGCCCAUAUUGAAGAAGAGAAGCAUGUCUGAGAUAAUGCUCCAGCGGUCUCUUUCUUCUUCAUCUCUACUCAAACAAGCAACGGCUGCCAUCCAGGCCCAACAGAAGGAUCGGAAAAUGACUAGGCCUAUUCUGCACCAAGCCUCCACCGACUUCAUGACUUUCCCCUUUUCAUCCCGCAGAAUGAGCAGGGAAAACACGAGUCGUGCGCCUUCGACCGCAUCGUCGGGAGUCAUCUCUCCUUCGACGGAGCGGAAACACAUUCACUUUGACGAGCAGGUCAAACAGUGCAUCGCUGUUGACAGUCCGGGUGACGACGAGGAGGAGGAGGAAGUUGGCCACGGUCAUUGGAAGUACGACAAUGACAGUGACUCAGAUGACGGUGCCAUAAUGAUGAAGAGGACCAACUCGAAGAAGAAGCCUCUGAAGCCACGAAAGUCCCUCACGCCAGUCAGUGCGGAGAGCAAAACGAUAGCGAUGCUACCCUCGACCACCUUGAAGUACCGCAAAGACACGCCAGAACCCCGGGAGACGGCCAUGAAGCACAGCACUGGGCUCCGAAGCCCCCUCUUGUCACCAACCUCUUCCCAAGAAACGCUGCGGCCGUCUCGACCGUCUGGACCAUUCUACGCCGUGGACAAUGAUGAAGAGAAUACACUUGGUGACGAGACUAGCACGACCCCAGUUUCGAGUCCCGUCGAAGCCUUCGUACAAAACCGACAGCCUGGACUGUCCCGAUCGGGCUCAACAAACAGUCUCACGGCAGAGCCAGCAGGCAUGCGCCGAACCGAGUCCGGUAUGUUCAUGCCCUACGAGGAAGGAGAGGUUCGAGGUAACGAUGGGAUCAUUGGGCGCGUGAUCGACACGGUCAAUACUGCUCGGGAUAUUGCGCAUGUCAUCUGGAAUGUGGGGUGGAAGAGAUAA